AUGGAUGAUCGGGACGCUGACGUCCACAACUUCUCACCGACUCAACAUCGAUUACCGACCGUUUCAGGUAUCGAAGCUCUUCAAAAUGCAACCGCCAACGCUAGAGGAAUCUCCUCUUGCCUGCCAGCUCUGGACGCGGCGUUACUACCGUCCGAAUUAUCGAUAGCCACGCCUGGGCUACAAAGGGGUGUCGUGACUGAAGUCUAUGGCCCUCCAGGAGUCGGCAAGACCACCUUCGGACUUCAGGUCGCGGUGAAUGCACUACACACCCCCCACGAUCAAUCUCAUGUUCUAUGGGUCAACACCGGUUCUCCACUGAUACAAGCAAGGCUUGGACAGCUCAUGAAAGGAGACGAGCUAUCGAACAAUUCCUCUAAAGAUACACCGCCCACACGGAACAUCAACUCAUUACUCAACGAGAAGUUCACGUAUCUCGAAGCGCACACACUGCCACGGCUCCUGACAGUAUUUUUACAUCCAACGCGCUCGUUGCCGUCACCAAAGACGUGCCUGAUAGUCGUCGACGAUCUCUCAAAUCUGUUACUGGGGUACUUCUCACGCAAUGCCAGAAACCUCAAACCUGCUGCGCCCGUGGCUGUCAAGGAGAAACUCGAAAAGAGGGCAGCGGGGCGCCGUUUCCAGAUCAUCGAGAGCCUAGGCGCGGCUAUGUCGAAGAUGGCUGCGAUCAAAAACAUCGCCGUCUUGGUCCUUACCAAUAGCACAAUCAGCCUGAAACACGGACAGAAAGCCACAUUGAAGCCCGCACUGUCGAGCCAAGCGUGGGAUACGGCGGUCCAUACCAGGAUCAUAUUAUACCGGGACUUUCCCAAUGACAAACAAGCGUCCCGAAUUUCGCGUUUCGAAACGAACGCCCUGAGGUACGCUGAAGUCCAAAGGCUAGCUCGAAAGGAGGUCUAUGCACAGCCAGUUCCUUUCGUCAUCCUAACGGGCGGCUUUCGCCAGUUGACCCUGCCCGGGUCAAAGGAUGACCAUCAAGACGCCGUAGAGACAAAUAGUGAAGAACAACGUCCUACGACCGUAAAUCUUCCACUCCUUCCUGACGAGCUGUCGCAACCGUCGCACGUGAAGAAGCGCAAAGCGGUCGAGAUCGCGGACAGUGAGGAGGAAGAGGACGAGGAUGAGGACAUCAAAGAAGUACCGCCGACCGAGCAUGAUGCGCCGGAAUUCCCAGCCAACCACCUGCGAGAACAACGCAGCCCUCAAAACGAAGAGGAGAUGAUCCUUGAUGCACAUGAGACAGCCAUGCUGAGAGCCUCGAGAUACGCUAGCAUCAGAGGUUCCGAAGACGCAAUACCUGAACCCUCAUCAGAGAGCGAAAGUGAAGAAGAAAUUGGCGACAGCGAGGAGGUGAGCGACAGCGAUGAGGUCGAGGAGGACAGAGAAUGA